AUGCGCGAGAAAUAUGUCCUUGCACACGGUUUGCUAGGCUUCGACGAACUACGACUCGCGGGACAGUUCAUACCUGGCAUACAAUACUGGCGGGGCAUCACAGAUGCGCUGGCGCACAAGGGCAUCGAGGUUAUUGUGGCUGCGGUCCCGGCCAGUGGCAGUAUCGAGGCGCGCUCUGCGAAAUUGGCCGAGAGCAUUGCGCUCAAAGCGAAGGGAAAGCAGGUCAACAUUAUCGCGGGUCUCGACUCACGAUAUAUGAUCAGCCAGCUCCGGCCGACUGACUUCAAGAUUCUCUCGUUGACCACCAUAGCCACUCCACACAGGGGUUCUGCUUUUGCAGACUACAUGUUCGAGACGAUCGGUCCACGCAGAAUCAAACGCGUCUACAGUGUUAUGGAGUACUUUGGUCUUGAGACUGGUGCCUUCUCCCAACUCACGCAAGAGUACAUGAAGAAUAACUUCAAUCCCAAGACGCCAGACAUACCUGAUGUCAAGUAUUACUCAUAUGGCGCAUCUCUCGAACCCACUCGGUGGUCCGUCUUUGCGCCUUCCCACAGUAUCGUCAAGGCAAAGGAGGGCAUCAACGAUGGCCUGGUCAGCGUCGAGUCGAGUCGGUGGGGCGACUACAAAGGCACCUUGAUUGGUGUAAGCCAUCUCGACCUGAUCAACUGGACGAACCGGCUGAAGUGGUUCUUUUGGGAGCUUACGGGCAGCAAGCGCAAGUAUGGAAGCAACGCUCACAACGACUGCUGA